UGUGAAGUGUAGAGCCAACAGACUGUGUUCCGAGUCAGAGCUGGAGCUCAGGAGUCUCCUAGAGGACCCCCUGAUUGUCUUCUCUCGGUGGAGAACAUCUGUUGCUCAGGUGAUGGAGGCGUCCAGCCAGGUGACUGAUUUCUCCAAUAGUGCCAUGCUGCUGCAAACCAUACAGGGACUCCUAAAGGACAGUGUCCAGCUACAGGAGCGUCUGGGCUUGCUGCAGGACAAAGGGGACCUACUGGACUCUGUGUUUGGUCCUGAGAAGUCUGACGGGCUGCAGGAGCAGCUAAGUGCUGCUAUCAGAACCAGAGAGCAACUUCACAGUCAGCUGCUGCAGAGGAAGAGCCAGCUGCAGGUUUUGAUAUCUAAAACCAAAGACGCUGAUGAAACCUAUCAGCUGAUCAGUUCCAGGCUGUUGGAGUUCAGAGAGCAUCUGAAGGUAGCUGAUGUUCUUCAGCCAGACAUCCUCACAAAGAAGAGCCAGUUGGACCAGUUGCUGGUUCUUCAGAAGGACCUGGAGGAUGGAGAAGCCCAGCUGACAGCUCUGGAGACCCUGGUCAGCUGCAGUCCAAACAGCAGGACUCAGUACGAGAAGCUGUGUGCUGAUUGGACCGAGCUGCAGAGGAGAGUCAGGGUUAAAGUCCAGGAGGCCCAGGAGACCGUCUCAGACCACCAGAGUUUCCAUGGCGACCUGUUGAACAUGCAGAAAUGGAUGAUGGUCAUGAGACAGAAGCUGGAGUCCUUCUGCAGCCAAUCAGGAGGAAGGACCGUACUAACGCGCCACCCUGAAGCUCAGAGGGCGCUGGAGGAGUUUCCUGAGAAAGAGCUGCAGCUGCAGCAGAUGGAGGUCCAGGUUCAGAAGGUCCUGAGCAGAACUUCCAGUGAUGGACAGGUCCACAUCCAGAGGGACAUGGAUGGUCUCAAUAAGACCUGGGAUGACCUGAAUGACCUGAGCUGGAACCUUCACAGUCUCUCUUUAUCCACAGAGACUGAUUCUGGAUCAGCAGGGCAGUCCGAUUGUCCUCCAUUGUUCAGUGGACCUGGUUCUACGGGACUAGAACAAGAUGGUUCUGAUGGUACCGACUGGCUCAGAGUGAGACCUGCUGGAGGUGUGGAACCAGGCGCGUUCUGCAGAGAAGGCAACAGCAGGGGUACCAGCUGUACCCGGUUCAAGGCCUGGCUGUCCAGAGAGAACCAGAUGUUGUCAGCAGUUAAAACCAACGAGGCAGAACUUGGUCCUGAGGAGGUCCGAACCAAACAGGAAACACUUCAGGCUCUGAGGUCCAGACUGCCUGAAGGUCAGGAGAUGUUCAAGAUGAUGCUCCUGGAAAAUCAGAAUGAUGAGGGGGAAGAUGAAGUUGUGGAGGACCUUCGCUACAGCUGGAUGCUCUAUAAAUCCAAGCUGAAGGAGAACAGCUGCAUCAGAACCAAGAAUAUAACCCGCUCCAAGAAACCCACGGGCACUCAGAAGGAGGCCACGCCCAGAGCGAAGACACAAAAGAACCCUGGGCUGCUCCAGAGGAUCUGCCGUCUGGCUCUUCUUCUGUGGCUCCUCCUCCUGUCUCUGCUGCUCCUCGCCUUCCUGCUGCCGCUCAUGGACGAAGGAAACAGCUGUUCCCUCUCCAACAACUUUGCUCGAUCCUUCAGUGUCAUGCUGCGCUACGACGGGCCACCGCCUACAUAGGAACCACAACGGGACCAGAACCGGACCUGGUACCUCUGAGCAGGAACAGCCUGAGCGAUACCUGGAGAACGCUACGGUCAUUAAACCCGUUUAGAUUCUGACCAACUUCCCCUUGGGUAAAACUCACCAAGGAUGAGUCUGUAGCAGCUAACCAGCAGCUUAACAGUACUGGCCCCGCCCACCAUAACUCACCUGGCUGCAGGUGAGGAAGCUUCCACAUCGAGUUAUCGUGCUUGUUUCAUUUACUUUGAGUUUGUUUUGAUCAGAAUAAAGUAACUUCAAACCUC